AUGGCUGCAUCUUAUUCUCCACAGGAGAAGCAGUAUUACGAUCAGCUGUUUGCUAUCAUAGAUAAGGACAAUACCGGCAUCCUUCCAGGUCAAGAUGCCUACCCAUUCCUUACCUCGUCGAAUCUCCCUACCACCUCUCUAGGCGAAGUGUGGGCAUUGGCAGAUCCAGAUAACAAUGGAUUUCUGACCAAAGAAGGAUGGUAUAAAGCUGCGAGGGCGAUUGGAUGGCUACAGAAGGGAGGUGCUACUACUGUUGAUGAUACUUUGGCCAACAAAGCUGGGCCUCUGCCUACAUUCGAUAAAGGUCCACCACCACCUGCAAUCCAGCCUCAGCUUACAGGUCAUAGACCUCAACCACCCCUUUCAGCUCAUACUACCGGUUCUGGUCUGCCAACUCUCACUCCUACCGAUAGAGCCAAAUUCACCCGUCUCUUCGCCAAUGCAGGUCCGAGUAAUGGUCUGGUCUCAGGCGACAAGGCCCGGGAUAUGUUCCUGAAAAGUGGUUUGAGCUAUGAUAAACUCGGUCAGAUCUGGAAUCUUGCAGACACUCAAGAAAGAGGAUCACUCGAUCUCACAGACUUUGUGAUUGGAAUGUUCCUCAUUCAAAGCUGUAUGGCCAACUCCAGCUUGAAUCUCCCUCCUACCCUUCCAAACGGAUUGUACGAGACUGCUUCAGGCGGUAGAGCUCCACCACCCAAAGCUCCUGCCAGUCCACGACAACAUACCGGAGGAGCCGUCCCUAGUCCUGUCAGACCUCAAUAUACCGGUGGAAUGGGAGGGGGAAUUCUACAACCUCAAAGAACAGGUCAAAGUGCCACGGGAGUAUCAACACCACCUCGGUCAGGUGCCCCUCAAAAAUCAUUCGCUGGUCCACCUACUUCCACGAGCUUCUCGACUAUACCUUCUACCUCUUCAUUCGGUGGCCCACAAAGGCAGGGGUCAGCAUUCGCUCCUGCUCAGCAGCAACAACCGUGGGAUGUCACCCCUCAAGCCAAAGCUACUUCGGACCAGUUUUUCUCGCAACUUGAUACGCAAAAUAAAGGUGUCAUAGAGGGCGAUGUCGCUGUACCAUUCAUGCUGCAAAGUCAGUUGGAUGAGAAUACCCUUGCUGCUAUCUGGGAUCUUGCCGAUAUACGAAAAGAAGGUAAACUCACCCGAGAUGAAUUUGCAGUAGCGAUGCACCUCAUCAAUGCCAAGCUAGCUGGUCAAGAUGUUCCUUCCUCUUUACCCAACAGUCUCGUGCCCCCCUCUCUACGUGAGACAUAUGGAAACGGCGCUCAAGAAGUCUUGUCCAGUCAAGGUGCUAGUGGUGCGACUAAGGAUCUAUUCGAUGUCUUUGGAGAUGACGAACCCGCUCCUACGCCCAAAGCUGCCAGCCCUCAACCACAACAGCAAGCCCAAGCUCAGCCAGUCUCCGCUUCCGCUUUCUUGCCUCAACCGCCUCCACCUCCUGCUAGAAGGAUGACUGCUCAGAGCACCGGUCAGAAAACUCUGUCACCUGCUCAUACGGGUCAACAAGGUGCAGGUGGUUUCGGCAUGGCGCCCUUCGCUCCAGCUGCGCGAGGUGGCGAUCUGCUUGGAGACGAUUCGGCGGAAGACAAGCCAUCAGCGGUGCCCGACCAUUCUGCUGAAUUCGGUAACAAGCAAAAUCAACUAGCGAACACGACAAAGAAUCUAUCAGAGCUAGAGAAGACUCACGCCGAGUUGGACAGCACAGCUAAAUCAUCGGCCGAGCAGUUGGAGGAGCUGGAAGCGAAGUUAUCGUCAGCGCGAACACGGUACGAAACCGAGACCAAAGCGGUGGCCGAUCUACGUAUCAAAGUUGGUGAACAGAAAGAACGACAUCGAAAGUUGGAGAGCGAAGUAAUCUCCGCGGAAUCGGACCUUUCGGCCAUGCGAUCCGAGAAGGAUGAACUCGAACAAGCUCUGUUGAGAGACAAGGAAGAGAUCAGAGGAUUACAGAAGAUGAUGAAAGAAGUUGAAGAGGAGAAGACGGGAAUGAAAUUGGUUUUGGAGAAAUUGCGAAAAGAAGCUAGGCAGCAAAAAGGAAUGUUGAGCAUUGCCAAGAAACAACUUUCGACUGCUGAAGGAGGGAGAGAUGGUGUGCAAAAGGAGAUCAAGGAUACUGAACAAGAGAUCGAAGAGGAUAAAACCGAGUUGGGAAGAGCCUCGUCACCUCCUCAACAUGCUAGUCCACCCACUCAACCUACUGCUGUAUUCUCACCUUCGAUCGCUUCUGCUGUACCUCUCCCUGCUACUCCUCAAGCACUCAGUCCUGCUCCUACUGGUACAUCGACCAGAUCGAACAACCCAUUCGAGAGACUCGCAGGCGCUCGCUCGGCUUCAUCGCCUCCUCAACCCCCAGCUCAAACUGCUUCACCACCGCCUCAAGCAGAGGAACCUACUUCUCCUAGCUUCGGUACUGCUGCUCUUGCCGGGGUCACUGCGGCAGUCGGAGCAGCUGCUGGUGUAGCCGUUGCUGGUGCGGAAACUCUUUACGACGCUACCAAAGAAGCUGUCUCUGGCGAAUCCCCCGAAGCCAAGACUGAAUCCAAGGACAAAGAAGUUGAUCCUUUCGGUGCGCCUUCAGGCUUCGACGAACAAAAGACUCCUGUUCCGUCCAAUUCAGGUGAAGAAGCGGAUCCCUUCGGUGCACCGUCCACCAAGGACUCGACUGAUCCAUUCGGAGCUCCAUCAACCCCAAAACCUGCUGAACAGAGCGGCUUUGAUGACUUCGACUCCGGAUUUGGUGAUUCUUUCACUGCCACCUCCACACAACCAGCUGAGGUACCUACCUCUGAACCUGCUGGUGAAGCGCCCAAUGCUGGUGCACCCAAAGAUUUCGACAGCGCUUUCGCGGAUUUCGAUAAACCCGAUGAUACUACCAAUGAGUUGGGUGUUUCAGAUGAGCAAAGUGGCCUCGAAGAAGGUAUACCAAGUGGUAUUCCUAAGUCUGCUAUUCCAGUCGAACUGGCUGCUCGACCUGAAGCUGAAAGAACUUUGUCUACUCAAGCUGUUGCUCCCGAAAGUUUCCCUGGGACACCCGCUACGGAAGUGCCUUCGAGCGGAUUUGGAAGCUCGCCUGCAUCUGUCAAAGCUCCCUUACCAUCCAGUGGAUUAGCGCAAGAAGUCAGAGCUGAGGAUGCUGAAUCCAGUGAUGAUGAGGAGGAAGGCCCUGAGGAUCUGGAAGGACCAAGAAAGGGCUAUAGUUCUCAGCCAAAAGGCGAUGAGUUCAAUGACUUCGAACCUCAACAAGAGACUCAAGGCGAACAACGCCCUGCUACUGCUGAACCGGCUUUAGCUCCACCUAUUUUAUCGAUCGAGGAGCCUACACCUGCCAAAGUAAGGCGACACGCACCUCCGCCACCAUCCCAGAAGUCGACGCCCGCACCUGCAGCUACUCCGGGAGCAGACGAAUUCGAUCCUUUCGGUGCGCCUGUGAUUUCCUCCACAGCCGCGGAAUCUCACGGCAAUGCACCUAAGACUGCAUCCUUUGAUGAAGAUGAAUUCGAUUUCUCGGAUCUACCACCUGCUCAAGUUGAUCAAUCCAGUUCAGCUCCUACACAAGCCAACAAUCAAGCACCAACAGCUUCUUCAGCUUUCGACGAUGAUUUCGCCAAUUUCGAUGAUGAAUUUGAAACCGUACCCUCGGCCACUCAGAACAAUGCCAAUGUCAAUGUAAACAACGGUGGAUCAGAUAACUCGAAUGGAUCAAAUGCGAGUACGUCAAAGAGCUAUGAGAUGGUUAGUCCACAACAAAGAUUCGACGAAUGGGGAUAUGGUAGUGGUAGUCAACCUGCUCCGGCUGCACACGGGCAAAACCAAGGGGAACAGAAAGGGUUAAGCUUUGAUGAUGCAUUCGGAGGGGAUUUUGAACCUUCAGGAUCAAGUUCGAUACCUCACGAUGACGCUUUUGCACCUCCACCUGGACCACCACCUUCCCAGCAAGAACCGAAAUUGCAACCUCCUAAAAUGCCUGAGAGAAGACCUAGUACCGCCCAGCCGGACGAUAUAGAGGAUGUCAAGAAGCUAUGCGCUAUGGGAUUUUCAAGAGGUCUAGUAGUUGAGGCGUUAGCUGCAAAUGGAUAUGAUUUCCAGAAAGCUUUGAAUGUCUUGUUAUCUGCUUAG